AUGCCUCCUCCAGCUAAGAAAACCGGUCGCGACAAAAGGACAACCCUUGCCAUCAUCGUAGCUUGCCUCGUUUGCGGUGUACCGGUCGCUGGAACCCAACUCAGCCUGGAAAUCACGUUCUUCCCGGAUGUGCCGCUCAAGGACUCAGAAGCCAUCAUCAAUGGACCGCAUAUUGGAAUGUUCGCCGCUGUAGCCCUGUCUCUGAUUUGCAGCAUCAUUGUAGCUGCUGGUUCGACCAUUCUCCGCCACGUCAGCCCAAACAAUGGACCUGUCGGUAUCACGACCCUCGCAGCCGGUGUAUUCAACUUUGCAGCUCAGUUGAUCAUCUUGGCUCUGGCAUAUAUCACGAAUGGCUUGAACCCGGUCCGAUAUUCCAUCAACGAUUUCCGCUUCGUCAACGGCGUGUACGACACCAAUGGCAAGCAGUUCACCCGGGAGACUUUUGCAUGCACGAUGGAGAAAUUCCACUUGGACAGGGAGCCGUGGUCGCGGAAUGCUUGCUCGGAAUAUCAUUACUCCAGAUACUGCACAAUCCUACACGUCAACACUGCCUUCCUCCUUCUAGGCAUCGCGUACUGGCCUGUCCGCAAGUUCCUCUUCGGUCGCAACAAGGAGGCUGCCGCCGUCAAGGCUUAA